CCAUGACAUUUGCAGAAAAGCUUAUGGACGUGGCACAGGGCCGUGUGGUCUUUGAGGACGUGGCCAUCCACUUCUCCCAGGAGGAGUGGGGGCUCCUGGAUGAGGCUCAGAGACGCCUGUACCACAGUGUGAUGCUGGAGAACUUGGCACUGUUGUCCUCCAUAGGUUGUUGGCUUGGAGCCCAAGAUGAGGAGACACCUUUGGAGCAAGGUGAUUUUGGUGGAGGUUCACAGGUCAGGACUCCAAAGUUAGCUCUGUCCACCAAGAAGGCCCAAACCUGUGAGAUGAAAGACGUUUUGCAACAGGCUGAGGACAGUGGAAUGCACCCUGAGCAAGGGCUGUAUAUUUGUGGGACAGAUCUUCACCAGCACCAGAUGGAGCAGAUAAGAGACAAGAUGUUCAGAAGAGACGAGGAGAGGCCUUCAUUUGUGACAAAUGACAGCAUUCACAUGGCACUGAGGCCCUUCACGUGCAGCGACGGUGGGGAAGACUUCCCAGCCAGUGCAGGCCUCCUCCAGCACCUGGCUCCUCACCAUGGGUGGAAGCCAUCUGGGGACACUGAGUGCAGAAAGGCCUUUGAAACUGGACAAAAUGAUUACAAGUGUGCUCAGUGUGGGAAAGGCUUCAGCCGAAAACAGAUACUUGUUCAGCACCAGAAAAUCCACACUGGAGUAAGGCCUCAUGAAUGCAGCAAGUGUGGGAUGGCCUUCAUUAGAAAGUUCCACCUUGUUCAGCACCAGAGAGUCCACACUGGAGAAAAGCCUUUUAAGUGUAGUGAAUGUGGAAAAUUCUUUAGGUACAAGUCCACACUCGUUGGUCACCAGAGAGUCCACACUGUAUCAAGCCCUUAUGAGUGUAGCAAAUGUGGGGAAUUCUUUAAGUACAAAGCAAACUUCAUGAAACAUCAGAGGAUUCACAAUGGAGAAUGGCCUUAUGAAUGCAGAGAAUGUGGAAAAUUCUUUAGGUACAACUAUAGACUGAUAAGACAUGAGAGAGUUCACACUGGAGAAAGGCCAUAUGAGUGCAGUGAAUGUGGGAAAUUUUUCAGGUACAGUUCCACAUUCAUUAGACACCAGAGAGUUCACACUGCAGAAAGGCCUUAUGGUUGCAGUGAAUGUGGCAAGUUCUUUCGGUACAAUUCCACACUUAUCAAACAUCAGAGAGUCCACACCGGAGAAAGGCCCUAUGAGUGCAGUGAGUGUGGGAAGUUCUUUAGGUAUACUUCCACACUCAUUAGACAUCAAAGAGUUCACACUGUUGAAAGGCCUUAUGAGUGCAGCUUAUGUGGGGAAUUCUUUAGGUACAAGUCCAAGCUCAUUAAACAUUGGCAAAAUCACACUGGAGUAAGGCCUUAUGAGUGCGGUGAAUGUGGGAAAGCCUUUAGGUACCACUGUAGACUCAUUAGACAUAAGAGAGUUCACAGUGGAGAAAGACCGUAUGAGUGCAGUGAAUGUGGAAAGUUCUUUCGGUACAACUCCAACCUCAUUAAACAUUGGAGAAAUCACACUGGAGAGAGGCCUUACGAGUGCAACGAAUGUGGGAAAGCCUUUAGCCACAAACAUAUACUUGUUGAACAUCAAAAAAUCCACACAGGAGAAAGGCCUUAUGAGUGCAGCAAAUGUCAGAAGGCCUUCAUUAGAAAGUCCCACCUUGUUCAUCACCAGAAAAUCCACAAUCAAGACAGGCCUGUGAGAUCUGUGAAUGUGGGGAAUUCUUCAGAUACAACGACAACCUCAUUAAACACAGUUCACACUGGCAAAGACCGUAUGAGUGAAGAGAAUAUGGUAAACCUUUUAGGUACAACUCUAAACUCAUUACACUGGAGAAGCACCUUAUGAGUUCAAAUUGGAUUAGGGCCUUUGAGUACAGGGAAUGUGAGACAGUCUUUAGAUGGAGCUCCAGCCCCAUCACAGUGGAGAAGUACUGAAUGAGUGCAGCAAAUAUGGGCAUGUGUUCAACCAAAUCUCCAACCACAUUGUGGCAUUAAAAAAGUUCAUGCCAGAGAGAGGGUUGCAAAUGGUGAAAGACCAGCCACCUGUCUGCUCUAAUUUAUCCAUGGGAACUACUGUAAUAUAGGGGGUUUUUUAAAUUUUACAUUUUAAAUUGGGGUAAAAUACAUGUAACAGAGUUUGCCCUCUAGCAUUUUUAUUGUAGUUUAGUAAUGUUAAAAAUUCACAUAUUUGUGCAACUAAUCUUCAGCAUUCUUUUUUAUCUUACAAAACUGAAACUACUCAUUAAACAGCUCCUCCUAUCCUUGUUCUACUGUACCGGGCAACUACCUUCUACAUUCUGUCUCUCUGAAUUUGACUACUCUGGAUACUUCAUACAAGUGGAAUCAUACAGUAUUUGUGUUAUUGUGACUGCCUAUUUUGCUUAGCAUAAUUUCCCCAUGUUUAUAUAUUUGUCAACAUUUCCUUGUAUUUUGAGAAGAAAUCAGGGUUGAUCCACUUGCAACAUGGGGAGUGGUGCUGAUGGAGUCAGUACAGCUUUGCCAGAUGUUAAGGUAUUUCUAGAGAAAGAGGAGACCUAGAUUUUACAUGGAAUCUUAAUUUAACAGCAUUAUUGACAUAAGUUGCAUUUAUUAAAAGCGUAAACUAUAUUUUCAUAUAUGUGUGCACAAUGGGACCAUCACCAAAGCCAAUGUAGCUCCUAUAGUUUUCAUUGGCACCUUUAUAUUCUCUCUCCCAGCCCUUCCCAACUUGCCAUCCUCAGAUACACACUAUAGUUUGCAUUUCUAGAUUUUUGUAUAAAAGAAGUCCUACAGUUGUAUGGCUGUUUUUACUAAACACACACACAUAUAUAUUUUUAGUACUUGUGUGUGCAAAAGCAUGAUAUCAAAUAAUAAGCAAGGCUCUGUGCUACCUAUUAGAGUGACAUUGUGUAUAAAGCACAAAGGUGCUUUUAGUUCUGACAAUCUCUGAGGAAAAGAGUUGUUUAAAGUGGUAAAGCGAAGUUUAACAAAUCUAAGUUCAG